GGAUCAUUUGCAUGAGUGUUUCUCUGACGUCUCUGCAUAGCAUUUUCCGUUGAAGAGUAUUGUAAGAAAGAAAGCCACGAUGUUACGUUUAUUAUUGAUCCUUGUGGUUACCAGCUUGACUAUAGCAGCCCCACAUGAGGUAUUGGUUGAGAAUCGUGCCCUGCCCACAUAUAAAGUUAUUACAGGCCUAAUGGACUGGUAUGAAGCCAAAGUCAGAUGUGAAGCUAUGUCGGGAUGGCAACUCGCACAACCAAAAAGUCAAGCCCAAAUGGACGCAAUAAUGAGCUUAUACGUGGCAGGAUUCUAUUGGCUUGGUAUAACCGAUAAAAACCACGAAGGGACUUUCACUUAUUACUCAAAUGAUGAAGCUCUUAAUUUCAUUCACUGGGAUGUAAACGAGCCAAAUAACGAACUUGGAAACGAGAACUGUGUUGAGGUCUGGUGGUAUGUUAUGUCAGCAAUCGCAGGUGAAGAUUGUGAUCCCAUGCUAACUCCGCAUGUUUGGGAAUUGAUUGAGAAGCGUUUUUAUUGGCUUGGUAUAACCGAUCUUGGCCACGAUGGGACUUUUACUUAUUACUCAAGCGGCUUACACAUUGCUGGUACUUUCGAGAACUGGGAUGUAAACGAGCCAAACAAUGAAAAUGGUGUAGAGCACUGUACAGAGAUCUGGAAAUUAAAUGGUCUAUGGAAUGACGUUGAUUGUAUGCUGAAACGGGCCAAUGCAAUCUGCGAGUGCGAUGGUGUCAAUGGUGAACCUCAUAUGAGGACAUUCGAUGGACGUCCAUAUACAUUCCAGGGCGAAGGCUGGUACUAUCUGUUUAAGGACUGCACCGAAAACCCCCAUUUUGAAGUCACAACCAAGUUUGAACCAAGAGAAGACAGUACACCGGACAACGUCAAGACAAGAACUAUCGCAAUCAACGUAACUGUUGGAAAUCAAUACGCAAUUAUAGAUGGACUAGAUGUUACUACAGGGCGUACAGGUGGACAGGUGACUGAUGCAAAGGUUAUAACAAUUCAGGAAGAAGAGAAGAAUAUUGAACUGCACUUCACUUCAAAAAACACGACAUUUACUCUUAAUUGGACUCUGAGAAAGCACGAAUUAGAUGUAUCAUACUCAGGCUCUUUUUACAACGGAAAACUUUGCGGUCUGAUGGGUAAUGCAGAUGGUGAUACUCGCAAUGACUUCCAGAAACCAGAUGGUAGUAUUGCUAAAGACGUUAAUGAUUUUGGUGAAAGCUGGAAAUUAACUGAGAAAAAGUAA